CUUGCCCAGCGCCCGCUAUUAUUAUUAAUAUGUUUAAGACUAAAACCCUAAUUUUCGAUCUUCCGUUGUCCACCCUUUUCGCCCUUCGCAGUAUCAGCAGCUCCAAGCAGAUCUCUCAGCAGCUCAAACUCCAUAGCUAAUCAUGGGUAAGGUUCACGGUUCAUUAGCUCGUGCCGGUAAGGUGAGAGGGCAAACUCCCAAGGUUGCAAAGCAGGAUAAGAAGAAGAAGCCCCGCGGCCGUGCCUACAAGCGUAUGCAAUACAACCGCCGCUUCGUCACUGCCGUUGUUGGCUUUGGAAAGAAGAGGGGGCCAAACUCAUCGGAGAAGUAAACAUGAGGGCCAAGGCAUGGUAGUUUUAGUAGGUGUAAUUCUGUUUUGAGCUUGAUGCAUUGUGUUGUUGAUCAUGUUAGUACGCUUACUGUCAUUUUUGUUAAUUUAUGGUUAUCCUCUUCAUUGUAGACGGAGGUUUGUUUGAAUCCUUGAAAUGAGAUUGAAGGAAGGCUAAUUUGGCUGUUUUCUCCCUGAUUGUUUAUUGUUGUGCUUGCCUGUAGCAUAAAGGAAUAGGUUUCACAAAUUGUUAUUAGUUCUUGAGCACUAUUUUCGUUUGUUGCACUUGGAUUGUCUGCAACGGCCUUGCAACUUUAAGCA